CACCACCACCAACCAACAGCAGCCACCACUGCUGCUGCCGCGACGUUCUCGCUUCGGUUCAGCCGCAGCUCGCUCAACUCCCCACCCAGCUGGGAUUCGAACUCUAGUGGACCAAGGCGAAAAGAGGAGAAUAUUCUCGCGAGACUAUACCCACCGCCCUCGCGGGACACCCACUCACCCUCACCCACCCUUCCACGUUGCGGGGUGGACGAGACGAGAGACGAGAGACAGAGAGACCAAAGGCGAAAUAAAGUCGGCUGGCUGGAAACAAAAAAAACCCGCACACAGACACGCGCGCGCGCAAAGUAUUUCCGCAUACUUCAUGUCCGCCUUACGUCAAAAUCAACUCGUGCACAGUCUUAUUUCAUUCUCGACAAUGUUUCUUUGAACAAAAGAAAAAGCGAAUACACUUUUGCCAGGUGAUUUAUUUCAAUAGCCUCUAAAAGAGUAACUUUUAAAACAGAAUAUACAUUUUAGGGACUGCAAGUGCAAUUAGCAGUUCUGGAGGCUAUACACCGAAACGUCGCAAUCGGAUGUCCCUUAAGCGGUCGCAACAUUUCCACCAAACCGGGACUGAGUCGCCAUAACUUCGACAGAAGUACAAAGACGUGGCAUCGCUUCCUAUCGUAACUCUUGAGCGAAGGCGCCGUCGACCGAGCGAGGCAGCUUGCCAAAGGGGCUCUAAGGCGACAAGGGCAUGGCGUGGCGAGUGGCCACGUGGGUCCGGGACACGGCGAACCGGGGCUUGGGUGGGAUGCAGGACCCUCGGCGCCAGCGCGGCCUCGUGCUCUUCAUCGUGUGCGUGGCCCUGCUGCUCGACAAUAUGCUGUACAUGGUGAUCGUGCCCAUCAUCCCCGACUACGUCGAGGCCAUCCACCGGGACACGGAGAGGGCGGCGCUUGCGCAGGAGCAGAGGGCCCAUCGGAGCCAGCACCGCCACGAGGUCACGACCGCCGUCGCCGCCUACUCCGAGGAGGAGGGCGAGGGGGGUGUCUACAACUUCACCGGCGGCACGGCAACCACCGCGGCCGCCUUGGCCGCCACCGUGGCCGCCACCGCGCACGUCCCCGACGACGACGCCGACGAGGACAUCCGCAUCGGCGUCCUCUUCGCCUCCAAGGCCAUCGUGCAGCUGCUGGUGAACCCCCUGACGGGCACGUUCAUCGACCGCGUCGGCUACGACCUCCCGCUGCUCAUCGGCCUCUCCAUCAUCUUCCUCUCCACGGCCGUGUUCGCCUUCGGCGAAAGCUACGCGACGCUGUUCGCGGCGCGCUCCCUGCAGGGCCUGGGGUCCGCGUUCGCCGACACGGCGGGCAUCGCCAUGAUCGCGGACCGCUUCACGGAGGAGGCGGAGCGCAGCCGCGCGCUGGGCAUCGCGCUCGCCUUCAUCUCGUUCGGCAGUCUCGUGGCACCUCCCUUCGGCGGCACCCUGUACGAGUUCGUGGGCAAGCGGGUGCCCUUCAUCGUGCUCGCCUGCGUGUCGCUCUUCGACGGCCUCCUGCUCAUGGUGGUGGCGAAGCCCUUCUCGAGCCGCUCGCGCGAGAACCUGCCGCAAGGCACGCCGAUCUACCGCCUCAUGAUGGACCCCUACAUCGUGGUGGUGGCGGGCGCGCUCACCAUGGCCAACAUCCCGCUGGCGUUCCUGGAGCCCACCAUCGCGUCGUGGAUGAAGAAGACCAUGGGCGCCAACGAGUGGCAGCGCGGCAUGACGUGGCUGCCCGCCUUCUUCCCGCACGUGCUCGGCGUCUACAUCACGGUGAAGCUGGCCGCCAAGUACCCGCAGCUGCAGUGGUUUUACGGCGGCCUGGGGCUCGUGAUCAUCGGCUCCAGCUCGUGCCUGGUGCCCGCGUGCCGGACCUUCGAGGAGCUCAUCGCCCCGCUGUGCGGCAUCUGCUUCGGCAUCGCGCUCGUCGACACCGCGCUGCUGCCCCUCCUCGCCUUCCUCGUCGACGUGCGCUACGCGUCCGUGUACGGCAGCGUGUACGCCAUCGCGGACAUCUCCUACUCGCUCGCCUACGCCAUGGGCCCCAUCGUGGCCGGGCAGAUCGUGCACACCAUGGGCUUCGUGCAGCUCAGCCUGGGCAUGGGUCUCACCAAUGUCCUCUACGCGCCGAUGCUCCUGCUGCUGCGCCACGUGUGCGCGCUGCGCCCGUCCGCCUCCUUCACCGAGCGCCGGGCGCUGCUGCCCGAGGACUCGUGCAAGGAGGCUUACGACAGCUUUGCCAUGGAGGAGCAGCAGCAGCAGGCGAGACAGCCGGAAGGAGGCGAGGGGCUGUCCCCACCCCGGCGCCUGGUGGACACCGAGGUCCACCUGACCGGACAAGCGCAGACGCGCACGCUGCCCUCCCCGUACCAGGCGUGGCCCGAAAGCGACGACUCUUUUGGUUUCGGUGUGGCCACCAAGAGGAGCCCUUAGCGAGCGGCGAAGUUCAACACCGAGACGAGGCCCUUGGGGGGGGGG